UAAAAGAAAAAAAAAAACCUAAAAUUGAAAUCCAGUAUCACCCAGGUUCUAGGUGGUGCUCAGUUAGCAUGGGUGUUAGGAAAGAUCGCUCCAGCAGGAGAAGCAGUCGAGGAAAGGAAGGGCCAAGGAGAGGAACGUGCAUGUGGGCCUGCAGUUUUGUUAGUCUCAACACCACAGGCUGGACUUUGAUGCUACCACAGACCUCCUAGCCUGAAAUUUAUGGCUUUCACCUGCUCAGCGUGACAGGAAGCGGCUCCUCCCCAACGGUCCCACCCCUCUGUGGCCAAGCAUUCCUGGAAACCCCAUUUCCAAGUGACCUCAUGGUGCAAUACGCUGCUCCCCACCCCAGGGACAGAAGACACAGAAGUGGAGAGCUAGGUCACCUGCCUGCCACUGGGAAACGCUGGGUAGUCAAGGCGCCCUGGAGUUUGGACCUGCUUAGCGCUGGGUGGUGGCCCAGGGUUCUGGGCGUGCCUGGGGCCGAGCCAGGUGACUUCGCUGAGCUGACAUUCCUGCUUUUCUUUCAGCCCCGGAUUCCUUUGCCUCUGUGACAGUGACGCACUCAAAAGUGACUCAGUUUCAGGGAAAGGAAAUUGGAGUGGACAGAGGCUGAAGACUGUGUGGACCGGCAGGGAAAGGCACGGUGAUGCCCUCAACCGGGUCCCUACGGGGACUCCACCACGUAGCCUGUCCUGCCUGCACCCGGCCCCUGCGGGAUGCGGUGACCAUAGCCUGCGGACACAAAGUCUGUCUACUCUGCGUCCCGCGCACCCCGAUGGGAGCCAAGCUGCUAUGCCCGCUCUGUCAGGAGGAAGAAGAGGAGCAAACCCAGGCCGCAGUGGCCCCGGUACCCCUGGGUCCCCUGGGCGAGACCUGCUGCGAGGAGCACGGAGAGAAGAUCUAUUACUUCUGCGAGACAGACGCAGAGCUGCUGUGUGUGUUCUGCAGAGAGGGCCCCGCCCACCAGGCGCACAUCGUGCGGUUCCUCGAUGAAGCCAUCCAACCCUACAGGGAUCGUCUCAGGAGUCGGUUAGAAGCUCUGAGAAAGGAGCGGGACAAAAUGGAAGAUAGGAAAUAUCAAGAAGAUCAGAAGCUCCAAGAGCUCCUGAUGCAGGUUGAAAGCAAGAAGCAACAGGUAGAAGCUGCCUUUGAAAGGCUGAUGCAGGAGCUUGGAGACCAGAGGUGCCUCCUGAUGACCAGGCUGGAGGGGCUAGAACAGCAGAUCUGGAAGGAGAGGGAAGAGUACAUCACAAACGUCUCUCAGGAGGUCCAUUGGCUGGGCACCCAGGUUGAGGAGCUGGAGGAGAAGUGUCAUCGACCAGCAAGUGAGCUACUGCAAGAUGUCAGACUCAACCAGAGCAGGUAUGAGCCGAAGACUUUUGUGAGUCCAGAGGCCAUUUCCUCUGACCUUGUAAAGAAGAUUCGAAACCUCCACAGGAAAAUACUCGGCCUCCCAAAGAUGAUGAGGACAUUCUCAGGUAAAGGGACUCCUCUAUCUUCCAUCUGUCUCUAUAUUUCCCCAACUUCAAAACCUGGUUCAAACCAAGCAUGGUAGCACAUGCCUGUAAUGUUAGCACCAGGGAGAUUGAGGCAGGAGGAUCCCAAGUUUCAGGCCAGCCUGGACUAUGUAGUGAAAUUCAAACAAAAAUAAGCAAACACCUUGGGUUAAGCAUCUCCCCUCUCUGGAAUUUCCCACAAGACCUCACUCUAUACAGCUGGGUGAUGGUGGUGCAUGCCUUUAACCCCAGCACUCAAGAGGCAGAAGCAGGCACUCUGUGAUUUCGGCCAGCAGCCUGGUCUACAGAAUGAGUUCCAGGACAGCCAGGACUGUUUCACAGAGAAACUCUGCCUCAAAAAACAAAACAAACAAACAAAAAAAAGAUCUCAUUCUACUGAGAGAGCAAUCCCCCAGAUUUUGGCCUCCUCUGUCCAAGGCACUGGGCUGAGAGUCCAGGAAAGUGAGGCAAUUUCUCUUCUGUCCCUGCCCUCACACUGUAGCCAGGAUAGCCCCUUCUUGGGAGUAUCUGUAGGAGAUACUAAGCCUCACAGAUCUCUCUUUCUGCUUUCCUCAGAAAACUUGAUGCAUCAUCUGGAAACAGAUUCAGGUAAUCAGCAAGGGCUCUUGGGGGUGGGGGGUUUCAUUUAUCCAUUCCACCCAUAGCCAUAAACAGCAAUGAAAUGUAUUCACCUGGACCCUGAUUGCUUGGGAUCUUGGGUCUAUUAAGCCUUUUCUCCCCACCAUAGAUGUAAACAAUAACAGAACCUAGACUAUAAAUCCAUGUGAGGAUUAAAUAAAUUUACACAGAGCUCAGCAAAGUACUGAACACAGUGAUUGAUGCAUGCUGUCAGCUACCUGUAUAGAUAUUCAUUCAAAAUAUUAAGCCCCUGAGCUUUGCCUAGAAUUAUGCUAGAAUAUCUGUAGAUUUGAACAAAUAUUGUAUAUUAUUAAAAACUAGCAUUUUUUGCCGGGCGGUGGUGGCGCACGCCUUUAAUCCCAGCACUUGGAAGGCAGAGGCAGGCGGAUCUCUGUGAGUUCGAGGCCAGCCUUGUCUCCAAAGCGAGUUCCAGGAAAGGCGCAAAGCUACACAGAGAAACCCUGUCUCGACAAAAAAACAAAAACAAAAAAACAAAAAACAACUAGCAUUUUGCUGUGUGUGGUGGCACAGUUACAAUCCCAGAACUAGAGGCAGUCAGAUUGACUGCCACAAGUUCGAGGUCAGUCUGAGCUUUGGAGUGAGUGCCAGGCCAGCCUCAGCUACUGAGACCUUUUCUGGAGGGGGGAUGGGAGGGGCUGGGUUCUAGGGCUGUAUUAAUAGCUUUCUGCUAGAGUUUGCUUGCCUAGAAUGCAUAAAGCCCCAGUACCACAAAAAAGGGACUGGGAGAGGAAAGGGAAGAGCAAAAAUAACAUUUGAUUUCAAAUUGGAGCCUAACUGCUCCCACAAGCACUUGCCUGUUCUUUUAUUGAUCCCUACUUCAACUUGCUGUAGAAACAUCAUCCAGACACCUGGUUAAAAUGCAGGCUUUUGUUUGGUUGGUCUAGGGUGGGGCCCAAGAUUCUGUCUUCUAACAGGCUUCUAGGCACUGUGCUGUGGUCUGGCCACCACACUUUAAGAAGCAAAUUCUCAGGCUGAGUUGUCACAUCUGUCCUCCAGAAAUAGAGGCCUAAGAAGCAGGCAGCAUGGACAAUGCUCCAUCCUGGAAGUGUGUGUGUGAGGUCACUCUGGACCCUCAGAUUAUGAAGACGUAAUGUCCACCGGAGUGUCAGCUGCACCGUGGGAGUGGCCCCUGAGGUGGCCAGGCUAAGGGGAGAGCAGGCCCUGUGCACCAAGGACAGCGACUGGGCCAUGACACUCUUGCUCCAGCUGGCUAGCACCUACUUGUACUGAACCAGGGGACACAGCUGUCCUUCACAGUGUAGACGUGGCCUGGACUACCUGGCUGGGUGAGAGACCCUGCAAACAUUCCAUAUCAGGGCACCAAUUGCCAACUCUCUCUCCACUCUACCUCACCUGGAAAGCAAGUUCCUGCCUGACUUUGAAUGACUGAGGUGGAACCAGGAAGUGUGGCAGACACCAGCACCCUGGAACCCAGCCCUGUCCCUAGCAUACAAAAGUGAGACUGGAGUUUAGUGUCUUGGGAUCUUGUAAAGUGUUUCUUAAACGAUGUGUUGAGUAAAGUAAGCUCCUUGUAGUCCUGUUCAUGGACAUGGUGUUCCCUCUGAGUGGCAGCAAGGUAGGCUACACCCUAGACAUCAGUAAGCUACGAGCCAAUGGGGUUUAGAAGGGAAAAAUAAACAAAAAACAAAACCCCAUAAAAGCUUCAAAAUGAUCACUAUAGGGAAACCAGGACUGUUCAGUUUGCAUUAAUUUAUAGGGACUUUUGGACACAAAGCUGGAUAUGCUUUGGGAGCUCAUCAACUGUGGGUGGGCCCCAAAGCCCCCUCAGGUCAUUUAUCUAGGUUUUCAAUGUCCUAAUAAAGUAGGUGACCCACGGGCCUUUGUGUUUUGUGUCUAUUGUGACAGUUCUGAUGUUGAAAGGCCUCUGAAAAAUCCGUGUUAAAUGACUGGUCAGCAGUGGGAUGUCUUGAGGUCACUGGGGUGUGCUCUGGAAGAGGACUAUGGGACCCUGGUUCAUUGUUUCCCAACUGAUGAGAUGUGUGACUUGCUCUGUCAAGCACACCUACCAGGAUAUGUUGCCAUGACAGAAGCCAAAAGCACUGAGACUACUCACUGAUCAUGGACUGCACCUUCAGAACUGUGGGAGCCAAAAUAAACCUUUUUCUAGGUUGCCUAAGGUGUUUUUUGUUUUUGUUUUUGUUUUGUUUUGUUUUUUAUAAUUUUUCCUUCCCCUAGGUGUGGCAGCAUAAGCCUUUAAAUCUGUGAGUCUGAGGCCAGCCCUGUCUAUACAGUGAGUUCCAGGCUAUCGAGGGCUACAUGUUGAGAUCCUGUCCAGUCCCUUAAUUUUAUGUACGAAUGUAUGUUGUGUGUGUGUGUGUGGGUGGGUGGGUGGGUGGGCGUUCAAACAUGCCACUCAUCGUGGAAUGUGCUAGUACAUGGAGUAAGGAUAUAGAUAAGAUUUCCAACUCUCCCAACCCCCUGUAAAACAGAAACAGGCCACUGGGAAAGAUCAUGAAGCAGAGUGCCCCAUGGGAAUUUUGAACCGGAGUUAAAGGCAGUAAAGCAAUCUUCUGACAUUUUGAAGGAAAACUAUUUUGAAGACUCUUAUAGCCAACCCCUUAAGUGUACAAGUGAGAUAAACACUUCUAGAUACUGAAGAUUUAAAAAAAAAUUGACUUCCACACUCAGCUCAGGAAGUUAUCAGAUAAUGUGUGACCAAUUGGGAGAGGAAACACAGGGUCCAGAAACAGGGUCAUGGGUUGGGGAUGUAGCUGAGGGGCAUGUUUGCCUAGGAUGCAUGAGACCUGGGUGCAGUCACCAGCAUAAACUAGGCAUAGUGGCACCGACCUGAAAUCUCAGAAUUUGGAAGGUAGAGGCCGGAAGUUUAAGGCCAGCCACAUAAUGAGACUGAGGCUAGCCCCGGCUACAGGCCUCAGGGGGCAAAUCCAGAACCC